UCUUGUCCGGACGGUGCAUGAACUCGGAGGCUUCCGUAGAGGGUGGGAGGAAGAUGGCGGCAGGAAUAUUGGAACGUUUGGGUACGUUAUGGAUGCAGAAUCUGAGGGGGAAGCUGGCCGUGGGGCUUCUUUCAUCUUACACUGUUUUACCCCAGUCACACAUCCACACCAGUGCUUCUCUUGACAUUUUUCGAAAAUGGGAGAAGAAGAAUAAAAUUGUUUAUCCUCCACAACUGCCUGGGGAACCUCGGAGACCAGCAGAAAUCUACCAUUGUCGAAGACAAAUUAAGUAUAGCAAGGACAAAAUGUGGUAUUUGGCAAAAUUGAUACGAGGGAUGUCCAUUGACCAGGCUUUGGCUCAGUUGGAAUUCAGUGACAAAAAAGGGGCCCAGAUAAUUAAAGAGAUUCUUUUAGAAGCACAAGAUAUGGCAGUGAGAGACCACAAUGUGGAAUUCAGAUCCAAUUUAUAUAUAGCUGAGUCCACGUCAGGGCGAGGCCAGUACCUGAAACGCAUUCGAUACCACGGCAGAGGUCGUUUUGGGAUCAUGGAGAAGGUUUAUUGCCAUUAUUUUGUGAAGUUGGUGGAAGGCCCUCCACCGCAACGGGAGGCACCAAAGACAGCGGUCACCCACGCCAAAGAGUACAUUCAGGAGCUUCGAAACCGGACCAUCAUUCACACUCUAUGAUGGGGAAUUCAGACUCCACAGUGUAUAUAGUUUGCCAUUUAUGCCCUAAAAACAGACAGCAAUUAAAGACAGAUGCUUUUUAUGAUUUGUCAUUGAGUUAUUGAAGUGACGAAGUAUAACUGCUAGUUUUACGAGUAUGAGUAUUUAUAAGGUUGCCCGUCUCUCUUGAGCCUCUGGGAAUAUUUUAUGCACUUGCAACUUGGGACGGAAAAUCAGCUUCAAACAUAGUAACAGACUAUAAUUCAGAAGGCUUUUUUGAAUACCUUUUGAAGGAAAUAUUAACUUUCUUGCAGGUGGAAGUUUUGAUAUUGGACUUGAGUAGAAUGUUACAGGAUAAGAAAGCUUGUCCUUAUUUCACUUGAUUUUCUCUUGGGAACAGGGGAGGGGAUGGUGGAAGUGAGCAUAACUGCAUGUUGUUUCAUUGCAAUAUUUUAGGGCAUUCUGUGGCUCUGUUUUCCCUCCUACUGUCGGUACAGGCCAAUGGGUGAGGGGUUGUAUUUUCCUUUACUGUUUUAGCAGUAACUUGAAAUUAUAGGAGUUUAUUGGAUAUAUUAAUCUAAAACUCCAAAAACCCUUUAACUCAGAGUUUUCUUGUAGUUUAAUAAAGACUGUUUCCAUGUCUCCUUCUAACA